AUGCGCGCCGUCGGGGCCGGGCUGAGCCUGCUGGCGGCGCUGGCGGCGAGCCUGGCCGGCCGCCCCCGCGCCGUCUACACCAACCACUGGGCCGUGCGGCUGCGAGGAGGGGCCGGCGAGGCGGAGCGGCUGGCCGCCCACUACGGGUACCGCAACCUGGGGCAGCCUCGUGAUGCUAGUGAGGUUGCUCUCCUCACUCUUUCCCACAUGUUGUCGUUACAGAUUGGAAGCUUGGAAGACUACUACCACUUUCAUCACAGUAGGACGAUCAAGAGGUCGACGUUCAGCAGCCGAGGCCCGCACAAUUUCCUCAGGAUGGACCCGAAGGUACAAUGGCUGCAGCAACAAGAAGUCAAACGAAGAGUCAAAAGGCACGUUCGAAGCGACCACCGUUUUGUUCCCUUCAAUGACCCUCUCUGGCCUGAAAUGUGGUACAUGCACUGUGAAGACAAUGACAGCGACUGCCGCUCGGAAAUGAACGUUCUGGCCGCCUGGCGGAGGGGCUACACCGGCCGAGACGUCGUGAUAACCAUCCUCGACGACGGCAUUGAGAAGCAGCACCCCGACCUUGUGCCAAACUAUGACCCCCGGGCAAGCUACGACGUCAACGGAGGCGACGAAGAUCCAACCCCACGCUACGACGCCAGCAAUGAGAAUAAGCACGGCACUCGUUGCGCCGGAGAAGUGGCGGCGGCUGCAAAUAACUCCAAUUGCGUCGUGGGCAUAGCAUACAACGCGCGAAUUGGAGGUAUCCGCAUGCUAGACGGGGACGUGACGGACAUUGUCGAAGCGAGAGCGAUCGGCGUCCGCCCAGAGUACAUUCACAUCUACAGCGCCAGCUGGGGGCCGGACGAUGACGGCCGGACGGUGGACGGGCCCGGACCUUUGACCAAGCAGGCAUUUGAGCAGGGCAUUAAGAAGGGCCGCAAAGGGCGGGGAUCUAUUUUUGUCUGGGCCUCCGGAAACGGGGGCAGAGAAGGGGACCACUGCUCUUGCGACGGGUACACCAACAGCAUCUACACGGUCUCCGUCAGCAGCACCACCGAGAAUGGCAACAAGCCGUGGUACUUGGAGGAAUGCGCGUCCACCCUCGCCACGACCUACAGCAGCGGGGCUUUCUACGAGCGUCAGAUUGUUACUACAGACCUGAGGAAACGCUGCACAGACGGCCACACAGGGACCUCCGUGUCUGCCCCCAUGGUGGCAGGAAUCAUAGCUUUGGCGCUGGAGGCAAACCCUUUGCUAACCUGGCGCGACGUUCAGCACUUGCUUGUGAAAACAUCUAGACCAGUACAUCUCUUAGCCCCAGACUGGACAACAAAUGGCGCCGGAAGGAAAGUUAGCCAUCUGUAUGGCUUUGGCCUUGUGGAUGCAGAAGCGCUCGUUGUGGAAGCCAAAAAGUGGAAGACUGUCCCCACACAACAUGUUUGUGUCGGAACGUCCAACAAACGACCUUGGUUCAUCCCUACCAACAAGACGGUGAGGACAGCAACGGUCACCAACGCCUGCGCCGACCACCGCGACCAUCACGUGGUGUACCUGGAGCACGUCGUUGUGCGGAUUACGAUCGUGCACCCUCGGCGGGGAGACCUGCAGAUCAGCCUGACGUCUCCGUCUGGGACGAGGUCUCAGCUCCUGGCGAGGAGGCAACACGACAAUUCCAUCGACGGCUUUAAGAACUGGGAAUUCAUGACGGUCCACUGCUGGGGAGAGCGAGCAGCAGGGGAGUGGACACUGGAAAUCCAGGACAAGCCGUAUCAUGUUCGAAACCCAGACAUGCUAGGGAAGCUAAAGGAAUGGAGCCUCAUCCUCUACGGGACAGCCGAACACCCAUAUUCCAACGUCAGCACCCAUCAGUCCCCAUCAAGGACGCUGGAGAUUCCAUCGUCGGACAUGGAGUCUUCCAAAACCGCUUUCCUCCAAACUCAGAUGGAGGUGCCGGAGGAGGAGGAGGAAUACACAGGUCCGUGCCACACAGAAUGUGGCGACCAAGGAUGCGACGGUCCCAACCCCGAUCAGUGCCUGAACUGUUUCCAUUAUAGUCUUGGGAGCGUUAAAACCGGCAGGAAGUGUGUGAAUACCUGUCCCCCCGGGUACUUUGGGGACAGCACGCAACGGAAGUGCCGCAGAUGCCACAGGGGCUGUGAGUCGUGCCUCGGCAGGGGCCCGAACACGUGCACAUCUUGCAAGCGCGGCUUCUAUCAUCACCAAGAAACGAAUACGUGUGUGACGCUGUGUCCGGCUGGAUUUUACUCUGAUGAUGGCCAGAAACGUUGUCAGAAGUGCCACCAAAACUGUAAGAAAUGCAACGGGGAGAUGGACAGGUGCACAGUUUGCAAAGAUGGAUUCAGCCUCGUGGACAACAACUGCGUCACAGGAUGCAGGCCGGGCACGAACUUGAUCAAGGAACCGGUGCGAUGCGAGGGCUGCAGCACCAACUGCCAGACGUGUGCGGGGCCAAGCCGAGAGGAAUGUAUGCAAUGUGCCAGGAAUUUCCACGCCUACGAGUGGAGGUGCGUUCCAGAGUGCGGUGAAGGCUUUUAUGCUGAAGAGGUACCCGGGCUCCAGUACAGAGUUUGCAGAAGAUGUGACGACCAUUGCGCAGCUUGUGACAUCUCUGGGAGGAAAUGCCUCAGGUGUCAAGAAGGCUUCAGCUUGCUGAGCGGUUCGUGCGUGGCCAGCAACAGAUGCCACAAUGCUGACGACGUGUUCUGCGAGAUGGUGAAAUCCAACAAGCUGUGCGAACGCAAGCCAUUUAUACAGUUCUGCUGUCGGACGUGUCUCUUGGCGGGCUGAGCCAUGCGUUUAGUGUCUGCCGUCUGGAAGCCUUGUGGUGCCAAAUCCCUAGGACAAA